GCCAUUACUGCAGCUGUGUUGCUCAGACUAACCCUUCCAGCGCCACGCCGGAGCCAUGUGCGGCCAGAGGCCGGCGCAGCGCGAGCUUCUCACACACAUGUUGACGGAAGUCGCCCCUGUCAACCGUCCUGCUUUUCCGGUGUGUGGUGGCACUCAGAUGUGUCGAGUGACUGUGGCAGCGCUGGAAGGACCGGAGAACGUGUUAUUAUAUCCUGCGAGAGAUAACGCUCCACCUCUUGAGCUCGGACACAAGCAAAACCACCACCAACAAACAGAGGAAGAAGCAGUGGGCUGUUUCCACGGCACGGGAGCGUGUCCGCGGAUGUACGCGAGCUAAGCACGUUGAAGCCGGCUAAGCACCUUCCACCACUGACCAGAGGGGGGCAGCAACACGCCGAGAGCGUCUACCCUGCCGAGCACCGAAGAGGAAGAGGAGGCAGGAAGCUGUGUGGUUGUCCAUCAUGGCAGGCAGAGGUGGCAGAGGGCGAGGAAGAAGCAACAUGACCUUCAGCCUGGAAAAUCUGGGGAUCGGUCGAGGAGAAGCUUUGCCCCCAAGCAGCCUCCAGCCUUCGCCCUUGUUCCCACCCAUGACUUUUCAGCCAGUGCCCCUGCAGACUGGAGAGGAGGUGGAAUACAUGCUGGCUCUGAAACAGGAGCUGAGAGCCGCCACCAAAAACCUGCCCUACUACAUCAGACAGAGUGCAGCCAGAAGAGAUGUCCUUCGCUACUCUGACAAAUACCACAGAGAUGAGGCCAGAGACAGUAUUAUGGACUGGAGGCCAGACUGGAGCAGGUUACCUAAUGAGCUUUGCAUCAAAGUGAGAAAGUCUCAGAAAAAAGCAGUUUUACCUCAGCUUAAAGGAACCAAAACAACCACCAGUGGGAAAGAGGAGGUCUUGUCCAAGCUAGAGUUUUUGGAAAAGAAAGAAGAGAUAGUGAACUCUGAGGAUGAGGAGGAUGAGGAGAAAAAGAAAACAAAUGAAGAGGAGGAGCAGGAACAGGAAGAGGAGUUGGAUGAAGAGGAGGUGGAGGAGGAAACAGACUAUAUCAUGUCUUACUUUGACAAUGGAGAGGACUUUGGAGUAGACAGUGAUGACAAUAUGGAUGAAGCUACAUACUGAGACUCCUGACAUGGGGACAGGACCUUUGUGUGGACAUGAUGCAUCUGGAAAGAGGAUGGUCGGCCUUGGAGACAGUGUGUAGUUUUGAUGGGAGACUAGACUCUGGAAUUUCAUUUUAGACUGCUAUUUAAUGAUCUGGGAUUGUGAAUGUUGAAAAUUACUGUUCCAACUGUGGCUGUCAGUCUUUGGUUAUUAAAGAUUGUUUGCUGUAGAUGCCAAAAAUUGAAAACUACAUCACUUUGUUCUGCUAUGCAGUAUUAAGAUCCUGCUUCAACACCCAACACAUUUUAUCUAAUUAAUACUUGAUUUAUCAUGUUUUGAGUGUUCAGUUCAGUUCAGUUCAGUUUUAUUGUCAUUUCCAUCAUACACCUUGGCAUACACAGAUAUCGUUCUCCAGAUGGUGAUGCUCAAACAAGCACCUGGCAGGCACACUGAACAGUCACUUCACAGAACGAGCAAAAUAAGACAUUUAAAGACACUUUUAAAAGACAGAAAACACCACAUGUGGACACAUUAAAAACACAAGGAGCAGACCAGGUUUGUGUUACAGUUAGGACUGUUUUUCUUCUCUCUUAAGGAAAGUAUUACAAAUACAAUUUUGAUGUUGUAUGUGGGGGAGUCAGAUAUAGCAAAAGCUGCCUCCAGCCUCCUUUUACAGAGCUCACCCAGAGGUCCCAGAUUAAUUUGUGGAGAGUGUUGAGGCCUGAUACAGAUCAUUUUUAGACGGAAGUCAUCAGAUUCUGAUAUUGUGUGCAAAUGUUAAAUAUCUUUAAGUUUGACCAUUUUCAUGGCAAAGAAGUUUGUGCAUUUA